GUCCCCACGUGUGAAGUUUUCCGGCGGCGUUUUGGAGGAAAAUGCCCAAAUUCAAGGCGGCUCGCGGAGCUGCGGGUCAGGAAAAACAUGCUCCCCUGGCUGAGCAGAUCCUGAGUGGGGACGCGGUGCGAGCAGGAGCCCGGGAAAAGCGGCGCGGUCGUGGGACCGGAGACGAGGAGGAAGAGUAUGUGGGGCCCCGGCUGACCCGACGGAUUUUGCAGCAAGCACGGCAGCAGCAGGAGGAACUCGAGACCGAGCAUGGGACUGGGGGCAAGCCCGCAGCGCCACGCGAGCGUACCACGCGGCUCGGUCCAGGAGUCCCACAGGAUGGAUCAGAUGAUGAGGACGAGGAGUGGCCCACCCUGGAGAAGGCUGCCACAAUGACGGGGUCAGGCCAUCAUGCAGAGGUGGUCGUGGACCCUGAGGAUGAGCGUGCCAUUGAGAUGUUCAUGAACAAGAACCCUCCUGCCAGGCGUACCCUGGCUGACAUCAUCAUGGAGAAGCUGACUGAGAAGCAGACGGAAGUUGAGACGGUUAUGUCAGAGGUGUCAGGCUUUCCCAUGCCUCAGCUGGACCCCCGGGUUCUGGAGGUCUACAGGGGAGUCCGGGAGGUGUUAUCCACAUACCGCAGCGGGAAGCUGCCCAAGGCCUUCAAGAUCAUCCCUGCGCUCUCCAACUGGGAGCAGAUCCUCUACGUGACGGAGCCCGAGGCCUGGACUGCAGCUGCCAUGUACCAGGCUACAAGGAUUUUCGCCUCUAACCUCAAGGAACGCAUGGCUCAGCGCUUCUACAACCUUGUCCUGCUCCCCCGGGUACGAGACGACAUCGCCGAAUACAAACGACUGAAUUUCCACCUCUAUAUGGCUCUCAAGAAGGCCCUGUUUAAGCCCGGAGCCUGGUUUAAAGGGAUCCUGAUCCCACUGUGCGAGUCUGGCACCUGUACUCUCCGGGAAGCCAUCAUUGUGGGUAGCAUCAUCACCAAAUGCUCCAUCCCUGUGUUGCACUCCAGCGCAGCUAUGCUGAAAAUCGCCGAGAUGGAAUACAGCGGUGCUAACAGCAUCUUCCUGCGACUGUUGCUGGAUAAGAAGUAUGCGCUGCCCUACCGUGUGCUGGACGCCCUGGUCUUCCACUUCCUGGGCUUCCGGACUGAUAGGCGCGAACUGCCUGUGCUCUGGCACCAGUGCCUCCUGACUUUGGUCCAGCGCUACAAGGCAGACCUAGCCACGGAUCAGAAGGAGGCCCUCUUGGAACUGCUCCGACUGCAGCCCCAUCCACAGCUGUCCCCUGAGAUUCGGCGUGAGCUUCAGAGCGCAGUCCCCCGAGAUGUGGAAGACGUGCCUGUCACCAUGGAGUGAGAAAAGUGACUUGCCCUGGUCUGAGGAGGCAUGAGGGGACACCAGGAUUCCCUGUUGGUGACACACAGCUUUUAACAGCUGAACUAGGGACAGGUCAGGACAGUGAGCGGUCACAGGCAGCUGUGACUCCCAGUGGCUGACAGGGAGGACUGGAGGGUCAGGCUGGCUCCCUCUUCCAUUCUGGGUCUUCGUCCCUACUCAGUUUUGAGGCCUGACUGGAGGUGCCCCACGCCAGCAUUCCCACUCCCUGGCCGGGGCUUGGAAUAGGUUCUUUCCCGCGUGCUGUUGUGGCUCGUUACUGGGCUACGUAGAUAAAAACCGAAGGCAGGUAUUUAUUGAACUUGUGUGUUUUGAUGUGAUCAGUGGAAAUCUUUGUUUUCCCUCUUCAGCCGGCGGGAAGUUCUUUC